AUGGGAAUCUCACCUCAUGUUCCAAUCAGCAAUCAAGUUUCCAUACACAAAACAGCAGAAGCUGUAGAACUCAUAGUACCCAUUGAACAGACCACCCGCUUAGGCGGCGAUCAUGUGGGCGGAUACCUGGCAACUACGGAUUACCUUCGAUCCAUCGACACGCCCCAGUGGAAGACAGCUCUUGCUGAGGAUUUUUGCGAACGCAUGCGACUGCCACAUGUCUCCUCGCUUUCAGUCUCGAGGGGUGAUGAUGAUGACACGGCCUCUGGCGUGGGCAUUUUCCUCCGCAUCAGGGACAUUGGUCGCAUGUUUCACAGUCCCAGUGAUAGUAGCCCCCUCACCUACUUGGUCAUUGGACUCAACGUCCUGCUGACUGCGUUCCCAGACUACUUGGAUGUAACUUCCAGCUAA